GGGGGCUCCGAGCGCACACCUUGGGCGGGUUGGGACCCAGAGCAUCCCACGGACCUGGCGCUGCGCUGCAGCUGCCGCUGCGGAGGCGUGCGCUUCUGCAGCACCGCGCCAUCCCAUCCUUCCAUUCCUCCCUGUGCUCAGGACUUGAAAACUUCGCCGCCGUUGUUCCUUCAAGACUGAAAAUUGGAUUCCUAGAGGCCUUGGUAGUUUGUUGUGCGUAGAUAGUACCUGUGGCAGAGCAGACGUACUCAGAUAGUCUAAAGAGGACUGGAUUCCUGCUGGUGAUACGAUGCAAGCUUACGUGCCCCCGAACAUGAUGACCACCAUCUCCCCAGACCCCCCAGCCCUGGCUGCAAGCGAACCAAGCAGGGUCCCUAGGAUGGAUACCUCUGGGGUCCAAGAAAGGAUCUUAAGAGGAUAUGCUGAUGACCUAGAUUCUUUCAGGCAGAAGUUCAGGUGGUUUUGUUACUCACAAGAAGAAGGACCCAGAAAAACCCUGAACCAACUCUGGGAGCUCUGCAAGCAGUGGCUGAGACCAGACAUUCACACCAAAGAGCAGAUCUUGGAGUUCUUAGUGUUUGAGCAGUUCCUGAGGGUUUUGCCUGGAGAGAUGAGGGUCUGGGUGAACUCUCAGCGUCCUGAGAGUAGUGUGGAGGUGGUGGCCCUGGUAGAAGAUUUGAACCAAACACUUGAAGAAAGGGAAGAUCCUAGCACUCAAGAUUCUGCUGUUUGCAAAGCGGAAGAUUUGGGAGAAGAGGAAAUGGUGGCUGUUCCGCCAAACACGGAGCCACGUGAACCUGUAACUUUUGAGGAUGUGUCUGUGGACUUUACCAGAGGAGAGUGGAAGAUGCUGGAGUCGUCUCAAAGGGAGCUGUAUAAGGAAGUGCUGCUGGAAACCUUGAAGAACCUAGAAUUUUUGGGCCUUCCAGUUUCCAAAUUUGAAUUGAUUUCGAAGCUGAAGUGGGUUAAGUUGCCAAGGGUACUGGAAAAAGAAAUCUCAGAAGGCCCCAGCCCAGAGGCUGAGCCUAGAAGUGAAUUGGAUGCCUUUAUGGAAGACUUCACUUUAGAGAAAACAGUAGAAUACUGCUUCAGUGAUGAUGGUUAUGGCUUGAAGGCAGAAUUCCAGAAACGACAUGGCAAAUCCAAGAAAGAUCAUAGCAAGCACAGUAGCCAUCAGAGUAAAGAAACUCCCUCUGGAAAGAAGUCUAAACAAACUUCUGACACAAUCAAACAUCGGAGCACCUGCCUAACAAAGAAGUCUCAGAAAUCUAAGGAAGGCAAGAAACCCUACAUCUUCCAUUCAGAUCUUGUGAACCGCAAAGAACACAGUGUGGUAAAGUUAAGGAAAUGCAGUGGAAAUGAGAAAGACUCACGUCACUCUUCAUCUCUUAGUGACCAUAAGAGACAACCAAGAAUUGGUUCGUUGAGUAAGACCCAGAAGUGUAGUAAGUGUGGGGUAGCCUUUACUCAAAGCUCAUGGUAUCGUAGUAAAACCUCUCAAUGUGAAAAAUGCCAGAAGAAUUUAUUUCAAGGUGAAACCUCAAAUAAAGACAAAGGACCCGAAACUGAAGAGCCCAGUAAGUGUGGGAAAUGUGGGAAAGCUCUUGGCUAUGGUUCAAAACUCUCUGUGUGUGUUGAGUGUAGAAAAGCUCACAGAGCUAGCCCAUCAGUUAAACCACAUAAAAAAACUGACAAAAAAGAAAAGUCUUACAAGUGUGAUGAAUGUGGAAAAAAUUUUUCCAGUUUACACGCUGUCGAUAUACAUCAAAGAACUCAUACUGGAGAAAAGCCCUAUGAAUGUAAACACUGUGGGAGAUCCUUCAAUGACUACUCAUCAUAUUGUCAGCACCAGAGAAUUCAUACUGGAGAGAAACCAUAUAAGUGUAAUGAGUGUGAUAAAUCCUUCACUCAUAGCUCCUCUCUUUCAAAGCAUCAAAGGAUACACACUGGAGAGAAGCCCUAUAAGUGUAAGGAUUGUGGGAAAGCCUUUAGACAGAAUUCUUGCCUUACCAGACAUCAGAGAACCCACACUGGAGAAAAACCAUAUGUGUGUAAGGACUGUGGAUCAUCUUUUAGCCUUUUUAGUACUAUCAUCUAUCAUCAGAGACUUCACGCAGGAGAAAAACCUUACAAAUGUACCCACUGUGAUAAAGCCUUCCCUACUCAUUCCCGCCUCAGUCGUCACUUGAGAUGCCACACUGGUGAAAAACCAUACAAAUGCAAAGAAUGUGGGAAAACUUUCAGACAGAGUUCAUCCCUUAAUUUACAUCUUCGAAGUCAUACUGGAGAGAAACCCUACAAAUGUGAUUAUUGUGGAGCAACCUUUACUCGGAGCACAAUCCUUAUUGAACAUGUAAAAACUCAUACUGGCGCACAAUAUGAAUGUAAAAAGUGUGGUAAGAAGUCUAAAAGUCGGUCAGCCCAUCUUAAACAUCAGUGUACUGAGUAAUUCUGGGACUGUAGUGAGUGGAGGGUAGGUUAAUUCAGAUUGUGCCCUUAUUUAAACACUUGACACGUAAACUACCCAAAUCAUUGACUAGAAGCUUCAACUUCAGUGGGUUUCUUCGCCUUUGGUCUCUCUUCUCGAGGGUGGUCAGUGUUGAUCAGAGUUGGUAAAGUUAGGUUGACAUGAAGAAAGCAUGUGAAGAGAAAUGAUUCUGAAAAGCCAAACUUAAGUUUAAAAGACUCUUCGGGGAUUUCUCUCUUUGGCUUCCCUUCUACAGCCAUACAGUAUAAUGGAAAAGAACAUAGGCUCUAUCCCCGUUUGCCAACCAACCAACCAUUGUGUCACCCCAAACAAGUCAUUUGGACCUUCUCAAUUUUAGUUUCUUUACCAGUAGAGUGAGAGAUGACAUUAAUGAUUUCUAAGUUUUCUUUUUUAUCUAAUAUUCUGAUACUGCAGAAAAUAGUUUGAACAUCUUUGACUUAUUGGAAUUGUCAUGUCUGGUAGACGCUUACUCUCUUACAGAAUUGUGGACUUGUAGAUUAGUGAGACUGUGGAAUGUUUGAUGUAGGGUACCUAGAAUGUGAUAAACAGACAAGUCAGGGAAACUCAGUGGAGUUUGCUUUCAGGGAAUGUUUGAAUUUGCACAAAUCUCCCCAAUUAGUUUAUCUUUUGAGUUUUGCCUCAGUGGAUUGAGAAUUCAGAGAGCUUGUACCUGAGCCAACUCAGACAUGAAAGUAACAGUCCUAGGAGAAAAACCAAAAACAGCUGUUUGGGAUGGAUUGUUCCCCCUGCAGCAAGCACAGGCUCUUACCACAGUGUCAGAAUUCUGUGUGGCAAAAGUCACAAGAUGGUAGACUGAAUCAGAUUGGGUCCUUAGAUGUGUUCUAGUUGGUUUGUAGGGUCGGGUUAUAUAUGUACACGUAGUUUUUACUCUUUAGAAAUAAUGAAUUUUGUGUUUUAAAGAAAGUAGAGUUUGUGUUUAAAAAUGUUCAGGAGCUGGCCACAUUAACCUGCUAUGUCUAUGGAGUGCUCAGCUGGGCCUGCAUGUGGGUGCCACUUUAAAUGCCAGCUUUCUCUUAAAUGCAGGCAUGUGAUAUUUUGUUGCCCCGCCAUUUGAGAAUACAUACACUAAAAUCUCAAGGGACCCCCACUGAGUACAAGUAAAAUUCAAGAAAAGAACUCUUUUAUGAAAUGAGACUUCAUGGAAUGGACUAUAUGGGUACUGACGGGUUGAUGGAAUCUUAAUUUCUAACUGAGAAAGGAAUUCAAGAUCCUGAAUUAGUUAAUUUGGGUCUCAGGUCAUUAGAUUCCAAAGGGACUUGAUUGUGUUAUAGAAAAAAUUCCUGAAGUUGAAAUUUGAGCAAUUCCUAGAGAGAGAACUAAACCAGAACUCUGGGUUUACAGAUAUGAAGGAUCUCCAGUGCUGAUCUAAGACUCAGGAAUAUUUGCUGAUGUGCAAAUAGUUUGAAAUGCUACCUCUGGGUAUAAGGUUUUUGGUUUCUUCUGAGUGGCUCCUUCCUCCUUAUCCCGAAGUCUAAAAGAAAAUCAGACAAUAUUUUGUGAUAAAUUGAUCAGUGUAGCUGUUGCCAAAUGGACCAAGUAAACGCAUUCCUGACAUGAAAGGAACAUGGCUUGUAAGAAUCACUCCUAUGGACUUAACAAGUUUCAGAAAUGAUAUAUUUUAUUGAAAUGAUUAAUGAAAUGUAUAAAACAACUCUUGAGAAGAGAUCUGUUCCAGGAUGUUCUAGGGAAUUUCACAAGAGGCUGCUUUUAUCCCAAUCUCAGUUGGGGAUUAGAAACAAAACUUUUUUUUUUACAACUUCAUUAAAAUAUAGAACACAUAGGCUUAAAAACCAAGAUGAUUCAGUGAGUUUUCAUCAGUUCUAAUGAAGUGCACAUUCAUUAUCAUAAUCCAUUUUUCAGAACAUCACUCUGUAAGAGUAUCUAUUGGAUACACCCAUUUAUACAUAAUUCCCACUCUCAUCUCUGACCCCAAGUAAUCACUAACCUACUUUGUAUUUACAGAAUGGCCUUUUCUAGUCUUUUAUAUUGGUCUUUGUUUCCCCAUUGAUAUCACGUUUUUAAGUUUAUGCAUGUUAUAGCCUAUGAGACUUCUUUCUAUUAAGUGUUAUUUGUUGAUAUUGUUUGUUGUUAAAUGAUAAUCUAUCAUAUGGAUACUUCAUCCAUUUACCUAUGAGAGGGCAUUCUCUUCCUUCCUCUUAGGGGUUGGCUGCUAGGAACAACACUGUGAAUAUAACAUGUAAGUCUGUGUAGACAUUAACUUUAAUUGUUUUUCUUGGUAGACACCUAUAGGUAGUUUCUGGGUCAUGUAAAUUUUUGUUUGACUUUUUAGGAAACUGCCAAAUUGCUUUCCAGUGUGACUACAUCAUUUUAAAUUCUGGCUAGCAGUGUGUGAAUGUUGCAUUUUCUUUACAUCUGUGCCAAUGUCUAAAAAUUCUUAGUCGUCCUGGUGAAAUGGCAUUUCCAUAUGCUUCUAAUUUGUGUUUCCCUGACAACUCAUGUCAUCAUUUGCCCGUUACUCAGCCUUUCACAUAUCUCCUUUGAGUUUUUUCAAAUUCCUUAUCUAUGUAAAAGUCAGGAUGGCUGACUUAUAACAAGUUCUCUAUCUACACACAGUCCCUUAUCCGAUGUGAACUUUCUAUCACUGUGUACUAGAAGGAAACUACAAAACCUACUGCAAAAUACUUGGCAAUGACUGAUAAUUGCCUGAAAGGCAUUCAGUCUGGCCUAGCACCCAUAUACUGAAGUCUAUUUUUAGAUUGUCGGGCCAUCUAAAGGCUUUACAUUUAUGAUUUAUGACUCCUCGUAGAACUUCUUUUCAGAGUUUUAUUUAGCAAUUUUUUGUUUAUAGUGAUAAGUAUUGUAAUCAGCUCUGUGACACAUUUUAAAACAAAGUCCUUGUUCUUUCGAAUGUUUUAUAAUGAGCUUCUAUAUAGAAAUUUCUUUCAAGGCACAGGUUAAGACAGAGCCCCUGUCAGUGAAUUUACUUUCUUUGUGCUUUAGAAUUAUUUCUGAUGUAAAAUAUGGAUGCCAUAAAAUGAGCCAUUUUGGUCGUCUUGGUUGAACGAUUCUGUGGUGCACAUGUGCAGCCGUUAUUCAUUCCGAGCGCUUUCCCACCCUCCAUGCUGAACUCCCUGAGAAUUCAUCCUCCGCUUUCUUCUCCCGCAAGCUCCUGGUCGUCACCCUUCUGCUUCCUUUCCACAUCUGGCUCUUGUUAGUUCCUCACAUCAAUAACGGUACAGUGCGUGUCUCUUCGUGUCUGGCUCAUCUCACUUGGCAUGUAACAUUUGCAGGCAUUCAAGGAAGUCUUCAGUUGGAUUUUCUAGCACAGGAAAUCUUAAACUCCUGUGUCAUCCAGGUAACGCUGGUAAGAGGAACACAAGGUCAUUCCGUGUAUUCUGUCUCGCUGGUUCCGUAACCUAGGCCCCUGCACAUGCGUACUGAAGAAGUUGAGACGAUACACCGACUCCUCUUAGGGGUCUGCUUUUGGAAACGGAGUAAGAACACUUACAGCACCAAUCACACACUGUCAUGAAGCCACAAGGACAAACUAUCUCUUUAAAAUGACGGUCUACCUGGCCUUUCAACCCAGCUACAAUUUCAUCUUCUUGAGAGAAAUUAAUCUUUUUGUUUUUGUUUUUGUUUUUGUCGGAGCUGAGGACUGAACCCAGGGCCUUGCACUUGCUAGGCAAGUGCUCUACCACUGAGCUAAAUCCCCAACCCCGAGAAAUUAAUCCUUCUGUUUAGCUGACACUCCCUAACAGAUGGAGAAAAAAAAAUACUGAAUAAAUCAGCAGUUUGAGAUUUGAGGCAAUGAAUUGGCUUCUCUUUGUAAAUUUGGGUGUUCUUUGAGACAAUAUAAUCAAAGUUUUCCUUGGGCAGUGUCUUACACGGAAGUGUCUUACAUCUAAAACGAAAAAGUACUUAAAUUUUCAAAUUUUCAGUCAAUUGAUUUUUUUGAUAAUAGAAAUGUAUAUAUUCUGUGAGAAAUAUGUGAUCUGCUCCUGUUUACCCUGGGCAGAAUUGUUAAAUGGUGUCGUGUUUUCUGUUUUUGUGGGUAUUUUUCAAACUGUCAUUUUCUUCCAAAGUGUUUGAGUGAAUUAUAAGAGUUGGGUUUGCUUUUCUCUACCCGCGGUUCUGUUUGCACGUGUGUGCAUGUGCAAGAGUCGAGCUGCUGUGUCUCUGGCACGCUUACAAUCUGAAACCUGUUCCAAGUCGUUAAAGGUAUUUCGGUUAGAAAUUUAGAUUUCGUUUAGCUUUUGUGGAUUUUUUUUUUUUUUACUAAGUUGCUGAGCUAUAGAUCUGCAAUGUCAGCACUGCCUACUGUGUUGUCUUUAAUACUUGAACUUGAUAGCUUUUGUCUGCCGCUGCUGUAAAUUGCAACUGGCCUUCGUCCGUGAAUGUGCACUAGAUCCCUCCUCUAGUCCCCUUUCCACCGUGACACUUACAGUACGAGCUUCUGUGUCUGCACUGAAUUCUGCCUUAGAAAUAUGCCUUUGACUAAAGUUUAAAUAUUUUUCCAUGUAUUUUUGCCUAUAGAAUAAUCACAAUUUCAACAAGAAGCACCUUGAUUUAUGGUUGAUUAUACAUGUAAUGCUCUGACUCGUGCUAUCUGUAUAACAUGUUGACGUAAUCUAUUAUAUUUCAUCUGUGCGGAGACGAAUAUCAUUUGUUGGUUUAUCAACGCUGACUAGAUUGGUGACGUGUUAGUGUGUCACUGAAAAAUGCACGUUCCUCUGCAAUGCGCAUGGCGUACCGCGCGGCACAAUGAAGUGAAGUGUAGUUGUGCUAAAACAAUAAAGUUGUAUUUAAUACAGAA